UUUAUACCCUCGAAGCAGGCCUGCCAGGGAGACGUUAAUUCCAGGUUGUGCACAGUGUACCGUCCCAGCACGCUCCAGCAGUCAAAUUUUAUGUUUUAAUGUAGGUUAGGAAUAGUUAUGAUUAGGGGUAUGGUUUACACAGCCUGAAAGGCAACAUUCGGGGAUUUCAAGGAGUUUUCACAAAGAAAUACACCUGGAUAGAACUCAUACGCUGUGGAAAGGCAGAGGAAUGCAGGUCUAUUUCUAUGUGCGCUUGCACCGUUGCCAUGGUGAAGACUACUGAAACAAGUGUUGAUACCUUGGCGUCAUCAGCGCGCGUGAACAAAAUCCUCAACGGACAAACAACAUAAUAUUAAAGCUUCAGAUGUGUGAGGGGCCUUCAUCAAUAUCUGGGCCAAUACCCCCGGAUCCUUCUCUGUUUCCUCAGUACUACAGACGGCCUUCUUCAGCUCGUGCUCGUUUAGAGGGGAACCACAAUGGGACUUUGGCCCUGCUCUCAGGGCCACUUGCUCCAGAUCCUAGUUUGUAUCCCGGCUGCUACAGUGCUCGUUCCCCAGCACAUCGUCCCCGUAUUGGCCCUAAUGCCACCCAUAUUCUGGAACGAGGACAGAGAGGGGUAGUGGGGGAACUACUCAAACUGGAAGGUGUUUCGAUUACCCCUGUUCCCAAACAGAAACCGCGUGUACAUGACUUCAGUAAAGAGAAUGUGCGUCGUCUCCGAGAGAUUCAGAGGCGCUGCAAAGAGCAGGAGGCUGAAAGAGUAAAUUCUCGUCCAGUUCCGGUCAAAGCUCUGUGGACCUCCUCCAAAUAUGACAAUGUCCCGUCCCGGGUGAUGGCCCAGCUACAGGUUUCUAGUCCGACUAUUAAACCACAGUGUCAAAAAUUUCUGAAGGCCCACUCCAAUGGUGGAUUAACUGCCCAAACAAGACCACACUCCAAAGCUUUGCAACGUCUGGCCUCCUGCAAUUCUCUAUGUGACCAGGAUUUGCAAUUACAGGUACAAGGUCAGAACAUAGACUUCAUAAAAUAUAAUGCCAGAGCUGCAGGAAAAACUGUGCCACGUCGGUCCCAGUCAAUGACAAGCCUAAGAGAGAGGCCUGUGCCCAGUGCAGUCAAGGGACAGGUGCCUCAGUAUCUAGAGGAAAGGAAGGAGCAGUGGCGUAAAGAGGAUGAGGAGAGGAGGAGGAAUGCACCUGAUCCCACAGUCCCAGCUGGUCACACCUUGAUGCCUGAGAGUGAGCGACAAGAGACACUGAAGUCCCUCAAAGAGACCCAUCGUGCCCUGGUGACGGAGCUGCUGUCACUCCCUCUCAAAGCUGACAAUCUGAGUGUUCGCUCACAAAGGGCUCACCUUGACUGUAGGCUUUCUGAAAUCGAGGAGGCCAUUAAAAUAUUCUCCAGGGACAAAGUUUAUGUAAAAAUAGAUUCGUAACACAUGAGGGGUAAGAGGAGGAGAAGGAGAGAAGAAAGAGGAGACGGUGCUGUAAAUCCACUGCUUUAUCAAGAUUCAUUUUCAUUUUGUAUUUGCAUUAUGUAACAGAACUUCAAACUUUGUCAAAUAUGGGAUUAUUUUAAUGUAAAUGUAGUUUUGUCAUAAGGUCAGCCUCUAAGUUUACUGAAUAUCAGCUAAAUGCUAAUGAAUAACAUGCAGUUUUCUCUUGGAAUAAGAAAUAAGCUGAUGCACUGUAAACAUAAUGGUAAAAUCCAUCAGCUCCUUAAGUAUCAUUUGCCGAUAUAUUUUUAUUUAGUUUUGUUUUUGAUUUGUGUGUAAGUGGCUGGUGGUGAUUUUUUCGUGAACUUGCUGUAUAUUACAUUUUUUAAAUUAAAACAUUCAAUGCCAA